CACCUGACCAAGAUCCUUGCCUUUCCCUGGCGCUUAAUCCUGAACUGAAGAUUCAACGUCAAGACCCGGCCUCCGUUUCUGGAAUUACUGCUGUGAGAUAUGGAGGAACCAACACUUACCACGCCCUUCGAGACAUUGCUCCGAAGAAGUCAAAAACGGACGGCUUCAGUAUUCAUGGGUACCUCACUCGGGUCUGAGGGAGAUGAGAAGAGCGCCAAACUUCGUCUAUCAGUUAGGAUUAGAGACGAAUUCCAAGACUCCAAGGCAUUGCCAGCGGCCUUGCUCGCCCAGCAGCAAGGACCAGUCGGUCCCGCAAGACCUAAAGCCAUAACUGCAGGAACAACAACCCCGAGCAACAAUUUAAUUCAGGAUGUUGUUUUGAGAAAUGCGCCAACACAAGAAGCACCCCCAAGCACAUUGCGAAAUCCCAACUCCACACUCUCUCAAGCCCUCAUCCGACGGAAAGAGCAACGAGAAGUCAAACCUGAUUAUCAUCCCCCGUGGAAACUUGUGCGCGUUAUUUCUGGUCAUCUUGGUUGGGUUCGGAGUGUCGCUGUUGAACCUGGGAACAAAUGGUUCGCGACUGGAGCAGGUGAUCGGGUGGUUAAGAUCUGGGAUCUUGCCAGUGGAGAACUGAAGUUGUCGUUGACUGGUCAUAUCUCGACCGUGCGUGGUCUUGCCGUCAGUCCACGGCACCCAUACCUUUUUUCUUGUGGAGAAGAUAAGAUGGUAAAGUGCUGGGAUUUGGAGUCUAACAAAGUCAUUCGACACUACCAUGGUCAUCUUUCCGGAGUCUAUGCUUUAAGUUUGCAUCCAACACUCGACAUCCUUGUAACAUCAGGACGUGACGCGUCGGCACGCGUUUGGGAUAUGAGAACAAAAGCUAUGAUCCACGUUCUUGGUGGCCACACUGGAACAAUAGCGGAUGUUAAAUGUCAAGAAUCAGAUCCUCAAGUCAUAACGGCUUCUAUGGAUUCCACGAUCCGGUUAUGGGAUCUUGCGGCUGGCAAAUCCCUGGCUCAUUUGACUCACCACAAAAAAUCUGUCCGAUCUCUUGCUGUUCAUCCAACGGAGUUUUCCUUUGCAUCUGGGUCCGCUGGGGGAAACAACAUCAAGAAAUGGAAGUGCCCGGAGGGUAUUUUCGUGCACAAUUUCUCAGGCCAUGACGCUAUCAUCAAUACACUGAGUGUUAAUGCGGACGGUGUUUUAUUCUCAGGGGGUGAUAAUGGGACGCUUACAUUCUGGGACUACAAAACGGGCGUUCCAUUCCAACACGCCGAGGAUGUCCCACAGCCAGGUUCUCUGCAAGCCGAAUCUGGCGUGUUCUGUUCAAUCUUCGAUCAUACCGGCACUCGCCUGAUUACUGGUGGUGCAGAUAAAACAAUCAAGAUCUAUGCGGAACAGACAAAAUGAGUUGAACCGCAUUGUAACAUGGUGUAAUUUAGAUUGUUAUUUGUCUACUUUCCCACAGUGGCAUCAGUACAAACACGACCCAGUCCAUGGGCGAUUCUUGAGAUUUUAUUGCGCCCUCCGCCAGACGCCAUCAUCUUCUUGAGCGUCAAUAAGAUUUGAUUCCCCAAUGACAAUUCCAGACGACGCCACCUCCAUCGGGGUGACCAAUGGC